AAAAUAUUGUUACAAAGUCCAUCCAGUUGUCCAGGCCAUGUUCAUUGCAACCGAAACCCUCCGUGCUAUGGUCCAUCAAUGCACAAGAGUCACACCCACAGGCCCUCAGUCUGCCCCACUGAUGUCAGUCUGCUCCAGGGUGAUCAUGGUGUCCAUUUCACCUCUACGAAGGAGUGUGCAAAGCAAGGCAGUGCCCAAGUGCUGGUGGGUUUAUACAGAAUUUGGCAAAAGGAAGCAAAUUCCAUUUUGGUGAAGAGUAACAAAGAUAAUGAUCUGGCUGAAGAUCCAUUCUGUAUGAUCAGUGGAGGCAAUCUAAGAUGCAUGUGUUUCCUGAGAACAUCGUAGAGAGACGCCUACCCGUGAUGAUUCCACCAUCUGCAACAACCCCUGUCAACGAUGCUGCACUUUUGCCAAGCGUGGCUUCUCAGGAAAUCUGGAGGUCACAAAUUCCAGGCUAUUCUGGAUCAGUCACACGGCACAUAAGCCAUCGGGCCAACAACUUCAAGAGACAUCCAAAAAGGAGAAAACACAUCCGCCCUUCGCCACCGCCACCGCCAAAUACUCCAUGUCCUAUUGAUUUGAUUGAUUUUGGGGAUCUCCAGCCUCAGAGGUCUUUCCUAGAACUCCUGUUUAAUGGGUGCAUUCUCUUUGGGCUUGAGUUCAGCUAUGCCAUGGAAACAGCCUAUGUUACCCCUGUGCUGCUUCAGAUGGGGCUUCCAGACCAACUGUAUGGAAUGGUGUGGUUCAUCAGCCCUAUAUUAGGGUUCUUGUUACAGCCUUUACUGGGAGCCUGGAGUGACAGAUGCACAUCAAGAUUCGGGAGGAGAAGACCUUUCAUUCUGGUCUUAGCAAUAGGAGCGUUGCUUGGGGGACUUUGUGUCUAA